AUGGCGGGGUAUAAUGAAGAGUGGGUUGAUGUACAGAAGAAUACCUUCACAAGAUGGGCUAAUACGUACCUUUCGCGCAAGCGCAUGACGAUUGAGGACUUGUACGAGGACCUGAAGGAUGGUAUUCGCCUUAUUUCCUUGCUUCAGAUUAUCUGUCGCGAAAAAGUGUGCCGCAAAUUCAACAAGAAGCCACGUAUGCGUAUCCAAAAAAUGGAGAAUCUGAAUUUUGCAUUUGCUUUCAUGCAAAAGAAGAACGUGAAUGUAACAAACAUUGGAUCGUCCGAUAUCCUCGACGGCAAUAAUAAGUUAGUUCUGGGUCUCAUGUGGACACUAAUUAAAGCCUUCCAAGUAGCUGAAAUCGAUGUCGAAGGUGUCUCUGGUAAAGACGGAUUGCUGCUCUGGGUCAAUCGCUCCCUGGCGGACUACCCAACAAUCGACGUCAAGAACUUUUCAGCUAGCUGGGCUGAUGGCAUGGCUUUUUGUGCUCUCAUCCACCGCUAUGCACCUACAUUGAUUGAUUUCAACUCACUGAAUCCUAAAGAUGCUCAAACUAAUGUGAAACUUGCGUUUGACAUUGCUCGUGAGAAGCUGCGCAUUCCCCAGCUUCUGGAGGUCGAGAACGUGGCUGGACAAAUCAAGCCAGACGAGAAGAGUAUUACGACGUACGUGUCACUGCUCUUUAAGGAGUUUGCAUCAGGCGUGCAGAAAAAGAAGGCUGUGACGACAAUUUCUAAGGCUCUGAACAUUGCACAACGUCAUCAAGAUCUAUCCAUUGAGUUUAACAAGAACGCAUCAGGUCUGCAUGAUUGGCUUCAACAACAGACAGAGCGUUUUCAGACACUAAGUCAGCCUCGCCAUAUUCCGGACAUAAAGGAGGCACUAGUUCGUCAUCUAGACUACAAGAAGAACGAUAAGCCACCACGUGAGGCUCAGUUUGUGGCCGUGGAAGGAUGUGCUGGACGAUGGAUUGCAAGCUGCAAGAACAAUGGACGCGCUGUGCCGAAUUUGGAUCCGCCUAUUGAGAAAUUGCAAGCGCUCAAGGCUCAACUUGACGAACUUGAGACGGCUUUUGAGCUAAAGCUGCGUCAAAAUCUAGAAAGUUACCAAAAGACGGAUAUUUUUUUGACGAAAGUUGUGAAAGAUCUGGAAAAGGUCGAGCUGUGGGCCAAGGAAAAGGAGGCACUCUCUCUUUUUGCUGAGAAUCUGCGCGUUACUUCUACAGCCGACGCAGAGGAAAAAUUGGAGAGCGUUGCUUUUUUGCGGGAUAUUGAGCUUCCACGUUACAAGCAAUUGUUGGCAACCGUCGUGAACGAAGCAGACGGACUUUCGGAGGAGCACAAUGACACAAAAGCUACGCUGGAGCGUGUGGAGGCAAUGAAGGGCUUUGUUGCUAUGGCAGAAGAAACGGUGGAAGGGGUGAAGACCAAACUGGAAGAGUGUUUGCGCGUACAACAAAAUAUGGACGCCGUUGCUAAGGAUGCCAAGACGCUAAUGCGAAAUCUCAAGUACGUCAUUGAAGAGAUGGACGAGGAGGUGGAGGCGGCCACGAAGCUGCAGGACGUGUCAACAGCAGGCGUCAUCGCUGCUAAGCAUCAAUUUGACACUGUACUGGUUCCAAAGGUGCAAAAUGCUGUUGUGAGCGAAAAUGAAAAGCUGAUUGAAAAGAAGCAUAUUUUAGCCGAAGGUGGUCGUGACAACGAUGUUGCACUUAUUGAAAAGACCAACGCACGUGUGCAGAAGUUGUUGGACUCGCUGGCUGAGAAACGUGGCUACUACGAAGAAGAACUCGCAAAUGUGGAAAAGCGCGAUGAAGUAUGUCGCGAGUUUGCCAAUUUGUCUGCUCGCAUUAAAGAGCGUUGCACCCAGAGCACUCAGUCAAUAAACGUUGUCGAGGGAUCGCUGAAGGACCAGUUUAACUCUAUGGUGCAGCUGCGCCACCGUUUGUUCCGCUCCAACACCAUUCUGACGCUGGAAGACGAAACGGAGGGAAAACCCGAGGAUCCCGAAAUUACUGGUGUAGAGACACCAAUUGCAGAGACUGUUGAUCCUGAGAGUGAAGAAGGCGACAAGGCUGCUAAGCCGGAGUCCAGGGUGAAACAGAUAGAAGAAGCUAAAGAUCAGGCGGCGGGAAUUAUGCCGCCGCUCACCGAAGAUAUGGAGAAACUAGAGCGGAUUCAUGAGGAGCUGGAACGACUGCAAGUGCACACGAAUCCGUUCACCACGGAUACAAUUCACGGUUUACGUGCGCAGUUCUCAUCACUUGAGACGGCUGUUCGCGAUAGAGUCAAGUCAUUGGAAAUGGAGCUAGCAUUGAGUGAAGUCGGCAGUUUGACUGUCCAACAAGCGAAAGAAAUUCAAGAGGUUUUUGAUCACUUUGAUCUGGACAACGACGGUGUUCUUGCUCGUGAUGAAUUUAUCAUGGCUUGCAAGGGUCUCGGUCUAAGUCUAAGCGAAGACGACUGCCACGACUAUUUUGACAAAAUUGAUGCGGAGGACAACGAUGAAAUAUCUUUUGAUGGCUUUGCCAUGUUCUGCACGGAGCAACUGCAGAGUGGAUCGACGAAGGAUGACGUAUAUGAGGCACUGGAUAUUCUCACUGGCGAAGAGCUUACUUUGGAACUGAUUGAAGAGCGUUUUGACGCAUCCCAGAUCGAGUUUAUUAAAAAGCACGCGCCAGAGCUUUUCGAUGGUAGCCAAACUGUCGACACGGCGAAGUUUACGGAACUUAUCUUCAGUUUGUAA